AUGGCAGACCAACAACGGAACGAAGACACGGAGGAAAAAACCCUGGCCGAGAUGUCGGCAGAACUCGGCGAGAUGCACGAGAAGCUGUCUGCACGGGAGGAGAAGCUAGAUGCGCUGUUGAGCGAGCUUCAGCAGAAGCUAAUCGAAUCAGACUCAGCAGACGAGAAACCCGAGCACCCAGCGAUGUCAGGCCAGUUGUCAGAAGAAGCCAUCGCCCAGAUGAGGCAGCUGUUCGCCUCGUUCUGUAAGGACGGCAGCGGCAAGAUCACGGCGGAACAGAUGAUCGAGGGGUACAAAUCCAUGGGCGCCCCCAUGGGUGAACAGGAGCAGCAGGAGAUCCGUAAGGCUAUGCUGGCUGUUGACCCGAGCGGAGGACCAAUCAGCGCCGACGACUACCUGGCCCGGAUGCAGAUGACUGAUUCGGCGAUGGACACGUUCAAGAUGUUUGACAAGGACAAGAGCGGGUUCCUGGACAAGAGCGAGAUCAUGCAGGGCAUGGCGCAGCUGGGGGCAGAGGUCACGGAGGAGGAGGCGGAAAAGAUGCUGAGGGAGGCGGACACGGAUGGGGACGGCAAGGUCAGCUAUGAAGAGUUCAAGGCGUCCUUCCAGUAACAGCCAUGCUGUCUUUCUGCACCUCCUCAAGGGAAACGUAUUUUACUUGUAAUACAAAGUGUAGCUAAGUUGAAUUCGUGUUUUUCUAUACUUUUGAAAGUGAGUGCAAUGUUAACUAUUAUAAUCAUUACCCAUGUAAAGAUGUGUUCUGCUUGUACGUGUAUAUGCUUCCUUUAUCAACCAACAUUAUAUGUGUUCCCUGUGGGACACGUUUAUGCAUGUUUUGGUGUAGUUUUGUGCAAGCAACAGGCUGUCGCUAUUGGAAUGUCGACUUUGAGUGUACAUUCAUAUUUGGCAUAAGAGCAUCUUCAGCUACUCUACACGCUAAACUAAGGGUUUUAUAAUCAUAUUUGUGACGGGUUUCUCUUUCUGAAUGUUUGGAGAGAGACUCCAUGCAAUUAACAACUACUCAGGAUGUUGCAGUCAUACAAAACAGCAAUAAAAUCUGUCACACAAGGA